UGAUGAUGAGGAGGAGGAGCAGCGGGCUCAGGUGCGAGCGACAGUGCGGAGGGGAGGCAGAGGAGCCGCGGCAGCCCCGGCUCGCAGCCCCCGGCAGGCAGCUCGUCGCGGCGGCUGAUAAGGAUGCGCGUAGGUGAGAGAUUGCUCUAUUGCUUUAACGAGGAAUUAGAGAAAGUGGUAAUUUUGUACGGGCUCUGUUGCUUGUAGAUGGAGGGAAUGAAUAGCCGGAAAUAUUCUGGGAUAUUAUAAAAUCAGAAGGACUUUCUGUACAGCGUGGCGAUGCUUGACAGGAAAUUAACUCCAAAAAGAAUGCUUUUUCUCAAACUGCUGCAACAGAAUUGAGAAUUUUUCUUCUCUAGUAUCUGAAAUUCCUCCUGAAGACACAGCAAGGACUAUCAAAAACAUCAGAGAGAUUCUGGUACUUUUAAAGAGACUUAAAGCAAAUGCCAGCAUGAUAUCUGAAUGACCUUGGAGAUCGUUUUAUGUGGAUUCAUUAAUUUUCACUGCCAGUCUUCUGGUCUCAGGAACUCUAGGACUAAAGAUGGUUUUAACAUUUUAGGGGCCUUUCAAAAAACAUGAUUGUAUACGGUUAAUUACCUGCCUAAUGAUUCCUGAACCAAUCAAGCAUUUACUUAAAACUGAACACAGAAGAUGCUGUCUUUUAACGUUUCCUUUCUCCAUAACGGUGAAUAAAAUGAGCACGGUAACGUCCUGCAAUUAGAAGAGCAUUUUUUUUUAAAGCAACUAUUUAUUAUGCUGAUCGUCUGAUAAAUACAGAAACCCUAAAACUACGUAGAAGAUGAAGCUGAAUAACAGAAUAAUGGAGUAGUAAACAAUGGCAGCUUUUCUAGUCAAAUCAGCAUUUCAUUAGCUUCCCAGCAGAAUGCAGAUGGAAGUUUCUGCUCUCGUUGUGUGGGGGUUUGUGAAAUGAUUCAGGUGUUGCUACAGAGGUGAGCAAUAUCAAGGAUAUACCUAUGAACUCCUGUGUACUGAUCCACGGUAGCAGAUAUGGCAGAGUUUCCAAAGAUGAUUAUUUUAAGUUACCAUUGCUGAAAUUAAAUUCAAGAGGAUUUAUUUUGUCUGUGGGGACCUCGAAUUAUGCUUCUGGCAUUAAUAAUUGUAAUGGACAUGUAACUGUUUGAAGGAAUUGUGAAUAUUGACAUAGCUCUCCAAAUUCUAUUCUUAAAUUAUUUUCAUUUUUAAAUGAACAGGCACGAUCUUCCUCAUUGUAUGUGAGAUGUAUGUUUUCUUUCCUGGGAGUCAGAGGACAAAUCUGCCUCGUCCCCCACCUGAGUCCCUCCAAAUAAAAUUCAUUAUUCAUACCCAAACAGUGCUAAGGUGUGCCAGAGGUGAUGCACUGAUGCUGAGGAGGCAUCAACAGCUAUGGGACUGUAAUCCUCUCAAAUGUAAGCACUGGCAGUGUCUACAGAGAGAGACCGUGAGACGCUGAAGCAGAGUUUAGCUGCUGCUGAGCAGGUCAUCUGCUUGCUCAGGCUCAGAGUGCAGUGUUCCCCGGUCACAAAGCAUGAACCAGUCCCGAUGGAUUGAAUGGAGGACUCUGAAUAUGAGCGGUAGUGUUAUGAACAGAUCUGAGCGUCUCUCCUGCCCUCUUGGAUUUGGUCACUACAAUGCAGUUGACAUCUGUAUCCUUGAGACGGUUGUUAUUGUCUUGCUAACGUUUUUAAUUAUUGCGGGUAACUUGACAGUGAUAUUUGUUUUUCACUGUGCUCCACUUCUGCACCAUUACACCACCAGCUAUUUUAUUCAGACCAUGGCCUACGCUGACCUCUUUGUUGGAGUUAGCUGCUUGGUUCCUACUCUCUCGCUGCUCCACUACUCGACAGGUGUCCACGAGUCCUUGACUUGUCAAGUUUUCGGAUAUAUCAUCUCUGUGCUCAAAAGCGUGUCUAUGGCAUGUCUGGCUUGCAUCAGCGUGGAUCGCUAUCUCGCUAUAACCAAGCCUCUCUCCUAUAAUCAACUGGUCACACCUUGUCGCUUGAGAAUCUGCAUCAUUUUGAUCUGGAUAUACUCUUGUCUCAUCUUCUUGCCUUCCUUUUUUGGUUGGGGAAAACCUGGUUACCAUGGAGAUAUUUUUGAAUGGUGUGCUACCUCCUGGCUAACUAAUGCCUAUUUUACUGGCUUUAUCGUGUGCUUACUAUACGCUCCUGCUGCCUUUGUCAUAUGUUUCACCUAUUUCCACAUCUUUAAAAUUUGCCGGCAGCACACCAAAGAGAUAAACGAUCGGAGAGCUCGAUUUCCUAGCCACGAAGUGGAUGCUGCCGGGGAGACCGGGCACAGCCCCGACCGCCGCUAUGCCAUGGUUUUGUUUCGGAUAACCAGUGUGUUCUACGUGCUCUGGCUCCCUUAUAUCAUAUACUUUCUGCUGGAGAGCUCUAGGGUGUUGGAAAACCCGGCGCUUUCCUUCUUAACAACAUGGCUUGCUAUAAGCAAUAGUUUCUGCAACUGUGUGAUAUAUAGCCUCUCCAACAGCGUUUUCAGGCUGGGACUGCGGAGACUGUCAGAGACAAUAUGUUCAUCCUGUAUGUGUCUAAAGGACAGGGAUGUGCGGGACCCUAAACCAAGAAAACGGGCUAAUUCCUGCUCCAUUUAAAGAAAACUGGCGCAUGCAAUCCAAUGUGGAGUUUUGGUGAUGUUUGCUGUAUCUGGAAACUUGCCAGGAGAGAAAUGUUUACUUGACUAGCUUGCUGUGAUUAGUUAGAGUGAGUUCAAAAGUGAUUGUGGAAAAGGCUGCUGUAAGAGGGGUCACUGGACUUGAAUAUAGCUCUUGUGAAAUUGUGAGGAGAGCAAUUUGACACAGACAAAGAAGAAAGUCAGAACUAAAAAAAUCUUCCAAAGGGCAUGAAAUAACUACCACGUCAGAGGAGGUUCCUCAUAAAAUACCUUAGUUAGUUGCUACCUGACAUUCCCCCCCUUGUAGAAAAGUUGUCUUUACUAUCUUUGUGUCAGAAUAUACUGUAGCCUUCUGAAUUUAAAUAUAUUUAAGAGGAAGCAAUCAACAACACAGUAAGUGGCUAUCCGUAAAUUAUAUACCUGAGGACUAUAGUAGGUAUUGCAGAUUAAUAAUCAGCUCUAUCUCUGCUCACAUCGUGUACAAUUGCCAGUUGUACAAACGAUAAAACCUACACUGGGCAUGACGCUUUUGGAUCAAACGGCACAUUUUGGUACAACUGUCGGAGAAGCUCUCCCUCUCAUUUCCCUUUUUUUUUUUUUCUUUUCUUUUCUUCCCCCCCCAUACUGUGCAUCCCUAGAUUCCAUUGUGUCCAAGUGUUUAGUUUGAGGGCACCGACAAGGUAAAGUGAGUUUCAAACCAUUCUUCCUGCAGAAAAGAGGAGCCCUUGCUGGCAGCUGCUGAUGUGCAGUGACUACUUCAGUCUCUCAUUCUCUCGAUCCUGCUAAAUUAGCACACGGUAUCGAUGUAGUGUCCUUUAGGGUGUACUAAAGCUUUUCCUUUACUGGCUACACAGAUAAUCCUAAUGCAAAUAUGAUAAUCGCGCACAGCAGUGUGCAUCACAGCUUAGAAAAUUAAAACUAACUAACCCUUUUCUUUGGGAAGUCUAAAUAGCUUAUUGUUGUAGCUGUCAAUCCGUUCUGUGAACCUGGCUUGCACAUACUGUACUUUUUUUAGAGAAAAUGUAAAUUGUGGUCUGUGCCUAAUGUUUUCAUAGCACAUGGAAUAGGUCAGUGCUACAGGAUUAAAAAAAAUUACACUUGCUUUAAGAGAAAUACUUCUGUGCAGUCGUUGACUAGCUGUUUGUUAGGCAAGUGUUCUUGGAGGGGGUGAACAAGACAGUUUAGUAUUAAAUACAGGCAAAGAGCUUCAGUAUUUCCUUUUGUACUGAACUGAUUUUCAGGUCCACUGAUGAAAUCUUUUUUUAUUUUGCAAGGGCGCACGUUAGGUUUGUGUAAUAAAUUGCCAGGGGUUCAGAUGCAUGCCAAUCAAUACAAUAUUUAAAUUAUUAUUUUGAACCAAAUGUAAUUUUCUUAGAUGGUUAUUGGCUUUUAAAAAAGGCCCAAUUAUUGAUUAUUGGUGCCUUUUAACACUGCACUAUUAUUCCUUCUUUCACCAAAAUGCAUAUGUAAAGAUCGUGCCUAUUCCUUUUUGUAAUGGAAGCUGACCACGCUUGCACACUUGUGGUUUGACUCUAGAUCUCACUUAAUUAUGUGUUCUUUGUUCUUUUGAGGUGGUUCUGAACCCCUGUACGUUUUUUAAACCUGUAAGAAAGUUGAAACAAUGGAAUAAAGUAGUAUUAUGUAUAUCAAAACCAGCCUUGGCUUUAGUUCCCUGAUGUUAUGUUCCGUUCUCUGUGAAAGUUUUUUUUCGGGUUAGGACUCAAGAGUGAACGAUUUAAAAUCCAAACCUCCAAAGCUGCUUCUUUGCCGUCUUAAACGUUUACAUACUGGUUUCUAGUACUGCACAAUCUUUAAAACAGAUUGAAAUAUGACUUGAAACAUUCCUCUAGCUAAGCUGCGCCGUUGCUGGCAAUUAGCCCUGGUAGAUAUUCCAGAAAAAUGAGUAGUAUUCUUUGCACGAGUCUCAGUGCUCCAUGUCCACUGGCACGUGUCUGCUGCCUUCUUUUGAAAAGUUGCUGUUUAUUUGGGAAGGCUCCUUUUGGCUGACUGCUGCUCUGUGAGGUUGUGUAACCCCAUCUCUCCUUGCAA